CUGUUCCGUUUGGAUCCUCUCACCUCUCUCUCUCUCUCUCUCUCUGGUGCCAUGGAAUCCGGUAGUGCCCGAUGUUUAUAUUCUCUCUGGUUCUGAAAUCAUCGCCGAGGAAAUAACAAAUGCAACUUCCAAACCUCGCGAAGCUUCCUUCACACACUUCCUUCUAUUCCUUGUUCGUCGAACAAGCUCUUUAACAUUCCAUCACCACAACUUCCUACCUACACCUUCCGAUAUUGCAUCUUCAACUGUUUAGGUUACAUUUCACACGUAAUAAUUGAUUGUUUCUUUCGAUUGGAUCGGUCGGAACCAUCGCUCGAAGAGAAUCUCCGGUGACGUAGAAGCAAUAUCAGUUUACUGUAUGUAUUGGUUCGGAUUAAUAAUAAUAACGAAAAAAUAGAAAGAAAAUCAGAGUUGAAAAUAGCCAGAAGAAGAUUAAGCGCGAUGUUGGAUCUUAAUCUGAAUGCCGAGUCGACUCAGAACAACGAGUCGCUGGUGCUGUUGGACAAGUUUCCCGAAGCUUCGUUGGGAACUUCGAAUUCCUCCGUCGUGAAUGCGGAGGGGUCGAGCAACGAGGACUCGUGCUCCACACGCGCCGGCGACGUGUUCGCCUUCAGUUUCGGAAUCCUUAAGGUGGAAGGCGCGAACGAAGUCGUCGCCACGGCGACGAAGGAGCUGUUUCCGGUGAGCUCGGAGAAUUGGCAGGGGCAGAGUUCGACGUCGUCGUCUCAGGCGAGGAAGAAUUUAAUGGAUCUCCCGCUGGAUCAUCAAAACGGUGAGGUGAAGGUGGUUCAGGUUCAGCCACAGCCUCAGGUGAAGAAGAGUAGGAGAGGUCCAAGGUCUCGGAGCUCUCAGUACAGAGGAGUCACUUUCUACAGAAGGACCGGAAGAUGGGAAUCGCAUAUCUGGGAUUGCGGGAAGCAAGUCUAUUUGGGUGGAUUUGACACCGCUCAUAUUGCUGCUAGGGCCUAUGAUCGAGCUGCUAUUAAGUUCAGGGGACUUGAUGCUGAUAUCAAUUUUGAUCUCGUUGAUUAUGAGGAGGAUCUAAAACAGAUGAAGAAUCUUUCAAAGCAGGAGUUCGUGCACAUACUUCGCCGCCACAGUACCGGUUUCUCAAGGGGCAGUUCGAAAUACCGGGGAGUGACACUUCACAAAUGUGGCCGUUGGGAAGCUCGAAUGGGACAAUUCCUUGGCAAGAAGUAUAUAUAUCUUGGGCUAUUCGACAGCGAAGUAGAAGCUGCAAGGGCUUAUGACAAGGCAGCUAUCAAGUGCAAUAGAAGAGAGGCUGUCACUAACUUUGAGCCAAGUAUAUAUGAGAGCGAGAUGAAACCUGAAGCUAUUAAUGAAGGUGGCAGUCACGACCUUGACCUCAAUCUGGGCAUAGCAACCCCAGGACAUGGUCCCAAAGAAAAUAGGGGCCAUCUUCAGUUCCAGUCCAUCCCUUACAACAUGCAUCCCGGAAGAAGUUCAAGGAUGGAGACUAAUGUUAAUUCGGUUAUUGGUGAUCCUUCUUUGAAAAGGCUGGUUGUAACUGAAGAGCGUCCUUCUGUAUAUUCCACUUUCUUUCCCAAUCUGGAAAGAGCAGAGAGAAUGGGCAUAGAUCCUUCAAAAGGAGUUCCAAACUGGGCGUGGCAGACAAAUGGCCAGGUUAAUGCCACCCCAGUACCACCGUUCUCUACUGCAGCAUCAUCAGGAUUCUCAAUUUCAGCUACUUUUCCAUCAACUGCCAUCUUUCCAACAAAAUCCAUGAACCCAAUUCCCCAGAGCUUCUGUUUCACUUCACACAGCACACCAGGUAGCAAUGCACCUCAAUUCUAUUACGAGGUCAAGUCCUCGCAGGCACCAUCCCAGCCUCUAUCUUGUAAUACAAGUAUAAAUGGUAGCCCACCACACAAGUUCUGAAGUUCAAUUCUCAAAACGACAGUUAAAACUUUUUUUUUUUUUUUCCUGUUUGCAUGAUUUAGGGAUCGGUACAAUGUUGUUGCUCAUGGUAUGUUUGUAUGUGAUGAAAAGAUUUUUUUCUUCAGAGAGAAAGUGAAAAGAAAAAAUGCAUGAUGUGUUUUAAAAACAAAA